CGGCAGGAUCGAAAUUAAAAAAAUUAAUCGCACUUUUUCUUCCCGCCCUUUAUCAGUUGACAAAACGAGAGCGCGCGCUAGGGUAACCGCAACCGUGAGGCAGUGAAUUCAACGGUGGGUGACGAACAAACGGAAAAACUAUGUGCGGUAGAGCUCGCUGUACUCUCAGAGCCGAUGACAUCCCUCGGGCUUGCCACCAGACCGGCGGUCCUGCCCGAUCCGUCAACAUGGACCGAUACCGGCCGUAUUAUAAUGUUUCGCCGGGGUCGAAUUUGCCGGUUGUUUAUAGCCAUACAGGAGGAGAUGGUGGAUCUAACAGUGGUAAUGGAGACGGUUAUUGUAUUCAGUGUAUGGCGUGGGGUUUAAUUCCUAGUUUCACUAAGAAAUCUGAGAAACCGGAUUUCUAUAAGAUGUUCAAUGCUAGAUCCGAGUCAGUUGGCGAAAAGGCUUCUUUCCGUCGACUACUUCCCAAAAACCAGUGUCUUGUAGCAGUAGAAGGGUUCUAUGAGUGGAAAAAAGAUGGGUCAAAAAAACAGCCUUACUACAUUCAUUUCAAGGAUGGUAGGCCUCUAGUAUUUGCUGCUCUAUACGAUUCCUGGCAGAAUUCUGAAGGUGAGAUACUCUACACCUUCACUAUACUUACAACUUCCUCAUCUUCAGCAUUACAGUGGCUGCAUGACAGGAUGCCUAUCAUUUUAGGCGACAAGGGAGCAAUUGAUACAUGGCUAAAUGGUUCUUCCUCUUCUAGUUUCAAUGUCGUGCUGAAACCUUAUGAGAAUUCAGAUUUGGUCUGGUACCCAGUGACACCUGCAAUGGGCAAAACAUCUUUUGGCGGACCAGAAUGCAUAAAAGAGAUACCUCUGAAGACGGAGGAUAAAAAUACUAUCUCAAAGUUUUUCUCAAGGAAGGAUGUUAAAAGAGAACAAGAAUCAAACCCACAGGAAAGUACAUCUGAUAAAUCUGUCAAGAUGGAUCUCCCACAAAGUGUGAAAGAAGAAAAUGAGAACGAGGAAAAGUUUGCGAUUCCAUCCUCCACCCAAUUGGUCUCCAAUGUUCCUACAGUUCCUUGUGAGGAUGAAACAAAGUGCCAAAUCCCUGAUCAUGAUGUCAAAUCCAAUGUGUCUACAAUUCCUCACGAGGAUGAUACAACUUCCCAAAUAAAGCGGCACCAUGAAGAGGUGAUGGCGGACGUGGAGGUGAAUACAGAUGAAAAUAUAAAACUGAAACAGAGUCCGGUUAAGAAGAAGGCGAACCUUAAUGGUGGCGGCGACAAACAGCCAACACUUCUUUCAUACUUCAGCAAAAAGUAGGUAAGCAUGGGAUACUAUGUAAAUAGUUCAACUAAUGCCGGGAUAAACCUAUAUAUGUUUUCAGGGGUCACUUCAAAUUGCGCAUCUGAUCCGUUUUUGUUUGUGCGGCUGUCUUAACAUGUUGACAAGCACCAAAUCUAGUAUGUAAUUUUUGUGUAGUGUAGAAAAAACAUCAUUAUGUUUUGACGGCAUUGCAACUAGUUGUAGCUACACUUAAAAUUA